CAGAACUGUUUCACGUUGUCUUUUUUGCUGUAGGUGGACUUGUGAGCUGAGGGCUUCAAGUCCAGUGAGACUCUGGCGAAGAAGAUGAUUCAGCUGUAUAAGCUGUGCAGCAAGCAGCUUUCCCGGCAGGACCACUACGACUUCAGCAUGAGAGUCGUCAACUCUGUUAUCGUCAUGGCCGGGUCUCUGAUGCGAGAGGACCCACACCUGAGUGAGAACGUGGUGUUGAUUAGAGCGCUACGAUACUCCAACCUGCCCAAGUUACUCAAGGAUGAUGCAGAACUUAAAAUAAAAUAAAUUGAUAAAUAGUAAAGAACGCCAAAGCUUACAUAUGGAGUAUCAAAGGUCAUUAUCACAGGAUCACUGGAAUCAGGAGGAAAUAACCCUAACCCUAGGAGGAAAUUCCAGGACAAAUUAGGAAAUACAAUUAACUGACAUUUGCAAAUUCUUUGCAACUAAAAAGCUGUAAUUAUAUAACUUUUUUUAAAGCAUUUAAAGUAUAUAACAUUAGCACCUUGUAAUGUUAUACCAGAUGAAAAGUAAAGAAUCCUGGAACAUCUGAACAUCCAUAAUCUGAAAAUCUGAUUGAAAAUUGAGCCUAGUGUCAAUCGAGUCAAUCCAAUCUUUCUUGUGUGCGUUUAGCGGUAUUCUGUCGGACCUCUUUCCUGGUGUGGCCGUCCCCGAGCAUGACUACGGCGCACUUUAGUCGAACAUCGAGGCAGCUCUAUGCGCCCGCUCCCUGCAGCCCGUCUCCAGCAUGACCGCCAAUGUGAUCCAGCUGUAUGAGACCAUGCUGGUGCACCAGGGGGUCUUGCUGGUGGGCCCUACAAGAGGCGGUAAAACCACAGCGUACCGUGCCCUCGCUGACCCACUGCGCACCCUCCACGAGACAGAGGGCUGCGAGGUGAAUCCCUUCUACAAGCCCAUCGAGACCGACGUGCUCAACCCACAGUCAGUAAGCUUGGACGAGCUGUAUGGUGAAGACGACCCUCUCACACGGGAUUGGAGUGCCAUCAAACCGUCCCUCGGCAGUGACACCGCCGACACGCACAAGUGGGUGGUGAGUGACGUACCUGUGGACGUGCCUGUGGAUUGAGAAAAUUACCUCCGUGUUGGACAACAACAAGACGCUCUGUCUGGCUAAUGGUGAAAGGAUCAAGCUCACACCUUCUACACACAUGUUAUUCGAGGUGUUACCCAUCAGAGACAGGUAGCACUGGUCCUAAAAACCAUCACAAACAAGCACAAGAAUGUCAUUUCCAAGAAGAUUUUUUUUUUACAUUAAACGCGUUCCUGAUGGAAAGGUCACACACGAACGUAUCUUUAAGACUUCACUCUUUCACACGCCUAUAACGAGCGAUAAACGCAUUCGAAGCAUGUUAUAAAGCCUCCGUAAUGCAUUACGCAUAGUAUUUAAAUAAAUAUUAUUAUAAUAACAUGCACUACACUACAUUAUGCAUUAUGAAUUCUUAACGUAUUGUUAACACGUCUUUACUGUGAGCGGGAUGAUGACCAGACGCAGGCAGGCUCCCGGGUACUCAUAUCCGUAGACGUACUAAUACAGAGCCAUUCUGGCCACGCACUUAUCCAGAUCCACGUCCCAGUAUUAGCACAGCUGCUUCUGCCACUCAAAGUUACUGCUCGAGUCCACCUACGUGAACACAUACACAAAGACAUGUGAUAUAUAUACGAUCUCAUUGUAUACGAAUUGGGCAUUCUCGCUGACGAUAUAGCGUAUAAUGAGUGCAUUCAUACUGUAUAAACCUGGGAACUGAUUUGCAUAUGCACUGUUGUCAGAGCUGCAGUUAUUUUUAAAAGAUUUAUUAACAGCUUCUGACCAAUCAGAUCUGACCACACCCAUGAUUCCCUUUGCUCUGAAGAGAAGGUGUGUAGCCAUCUGUACCCUUUCAUUGACGAGCUCAGUGACGAUGUCUCUGGUGUGGACAUCCACAGUAAUGAGAGCUGUGAUGAUGCUCUGAUGUAUUUUGGGUAAGUUACCCUGAACCAGAGUGGCCAACACAUUCAGCCUCUGUAUAAACACACACACAUACAGAGUAAUACCCGUACAUUACCACAUAUUACACCAUACACCAUUAUGUCAUGUAAUCAGAGAAGGAAAUCUGAACUACAG